CGGGGCCUGAUGGGAGCCACGUCUGUGCUGGUCGGGGGCUGAGCCGCGAUUGGCGUCCGCAGCGCGGUUCGGGGGUUGCUGGGAAGAUGGCGGACUCGGUGGCCUGCCGAUGAGGAGGCCGCGGGGGGAGCCCAGCUCCCGGGCCCCGAGACCGACUGAGGGAGCGACCGGCGCGGGGCCUGGGGAGCCAUGGUCUCCAUCACCCAACUCCAUGCUUCGAGUCCUGCUCUCUGCCCAGGCCUCCGCUGCUCGGCUGUCUGGCCUGCUGCUGCUCCCGCCAGUACAGCCCUGCUGUCUGGGGCCCAGCAAGUGGGGGGACCGGCCUCCUGGAGGAGGCCUCCACGCAGGCCCUGUGCAAGGGCUACAGCGGCUUCUGGAACAGGCGAGGAGCCCUGGGGAGCUGCUGCGUUGGCUGGGCCAGAACCCCACCAAGGUGCGCGCCCAUCACUACCCUGUGGCACUUCGUCGUCUGGGCCAGCUCUUGGGGUCUCAGCCACGGCCCCCUCCCGUGGAGCAGGCCACACUACAGGACUUGAGUCAGCUCAUCAUCCGAAACUGCCCCUCCUUUGAUAUUCACACCAUCCACGUGUGUCUGCACCUUGCAGUCUUACUUGGCUUCCCAUCAGAUGGGCCCCUGAUGUGUGCCCUGGAGCAGGAGAGAAGGUUCCGCCUCCCUCCGAAGCCACCUCCCACUCUGCAACCUGGCCUGCGCAGCGGGCAGAGAUUGGAAGCUGCUCUGAGCUGCCCUCGUUUCCUGAGGCGUCCGCAGCAGCACCUCAUCCGCAGCCUGGCAGAGGCCAGGCCAGAGGAACUGACUCCCCACGUGAUGGUGCUCCUGGCCCAGCACCUGGCCCGGCACCGGUUGCGGGAGCCCCAGCUUCUGGAAGCCAUUGCCCACUUCCUGGUGGUCCAGGAAGCCCAGCUCAGCAGCAAGGUGGUACAGAAGUUGGUGCUGCCCUUUGGGCGGCUGAACUACUUGCCCCUGGAACAGCAGUUUAUGCCCUGCCUUGAGAGGAUCCUGGCUCGGGAAGCAGGGGUGGCUCCCCUGGCUACUGUCAACAUCUUGAUGUCACUGUGCCAGCUUCGGUGCCUGCCCUUCAGAGCCCUGCACUUUGUCUUUUCCCCAAGUUUCAUCAACCACGUCAGCGGCACCCCUCAUGCCCUGAUUGUGCGGCGCUACCUCUCCCUGCUAGACACGGCCGUGGAGCUGGAGCUUCCAGGAUACCGGGGUCCCCGCCUUCCCCGAAGGCAGCAAGUGCCCAUCUUCCCCCAGCCACUCAUCACUGACCGUGCCCGCUGCAAGUACAGACUUCCUGCUGUGUGUCAGCAGCUCUGGUGCUGUGCUUCCCGUGAGGACCCAGGACCCCUUCCUACCCUACCCUCCCAGGUCCUGUCCCCAGGGCCAGGCUGCCUCUCAGCCCACCACCCACGACCCUGCCCAGAGGGUGGUGCUGAUGCUGCGGGAACGUUGGCAUUUCUGCCGGGACGGCCGAGUGCUGCUGGGCUCCCGGGCCCUACGGGAGCGGCACCUGGGCCUGCUGGGCUACCAGCUCCUGCCGCUACCUUUCGAGGAACUGGAGUCACAGAGAGGCCUGCCCCAGCUCAAGAGCUACCUGAGGCAGAAGCUCCAGGCCUUGGGCCUCCGCUGGGGGCCGGAAGGGGGGUGAGGGGGGUGCACAUGGGGCUCAGGAUGACCCCCCCCAAUGGGGGGGUGGGCAGUUUGCACUUUGGCUCUCUAUAUUUUGGUUUCUCAUUAAAGUCCCUUUCCUUCCCCAUCGUGCAUCUCGUUUCUGGGACAGGGAGCGGGCUGCCCCCCCCCCUUUUCCAUCCACGCUUCCUCCCCAUACAGAGACAGAAGGCCAGGGGUAGGUGGGGGCUGAAGCACUUUACUGGUGGGGGAGUGGGGAUGGUAUGGGGACUUUAA